GUCGCCAUCUAUGUUGCUUUUCGUUCGGUCCUCGGAAGCGCGCUCUUACGGAUAAGUUUUGAAAAGGAGGGAAACGCGGUACGGGCGGUGUCUCGUGCGACCAUGGGCGCGGGUGCUUGAUUUUUGGAAGUGAGUGUCGACAGCCGUAGACACUGUCGUAGUGCUGUGCGGGUUUUGUUGUACCCAAACGAGACCGAACUUAUCUACUCACUGCCCGGCUUGGUAAGGCGCGCUAAAUUUUUCGCAGGCGAUGCCUCGUCAUCGCUCCUCCUGGAGCAUUAUUUUUAAUGUCCCAAAACAGAUUGAUCGUGAUCGCUCAGAGGAUGGCAGUCGCAGCAGCAUUUCCGUGCCAACCGGAGAAACAUUCCUCCAAAGCGGUCUUCGAGCUGACCGAUGCAGAUGUUGGCAUCCUCUUCGACUGUGCCGCUGGUGUGCGUCCGCAAGCGGUUGGGUGCCACAUACCGGCUGACGUGCCCUACGUCCAACUGUGUGGCCAGCCAGUAUGCCGCACCCAGUUUUCCCGCACCCAGCUGACCCGGCUGUUUUGGACGGCAAGGUCAAAGAUUGUUGCUCUGCAGAAUGACCCAAGUAUCCACAGGGGCUCACACGGUUCUUCUGGGGCCUCGCAACUUCACUAUGAAGUGUCGUCAUUUCUCAGCUUCAUUAGGCACGAAGUCGAAAGGGUUGCAGACAGUGUGUCUACCAGGAUGCAUGACAGGCCAACGCACAGCCGAGACACAGACUGGCUUGGCCCUCGUGAGCUGUGCUGCUGUCUUCUGGAAGAACUGAGGCUGACGCUGCGCCUUACGGGCCGCUUCUCAGACGUGCCACUGGACAAGAACCAUUGCCGCUCCAGUGACAACCGCCGUUUCCACGUAGCACUCGAGGCAUGGUGGACCGCCCUUCGAGUGGCUGACAUCGUCAUGUCGUCCCACUUGCUCAGAGGUGCUGAAAUCUCAUUCUGUGACCUGGGUGGCUUUGGGCAGAACGCUCUCUUUGCUCAAGUGGCCGUGCUCUUCCUGGCAGACCUGUGCUGCCUGUCAUCCCGUUUUUUCCAGAGCCGAGCCGCCCUGCCGCAGGAGAGCGAAAGGGCAUUUCCCUGUGCGUGCGUGCGUGAUGCCUGGGCCAUGGCAGCUGAUCUCAUCGGUCGGAGGCACGAACACUUUGCCGAAGAGGCAUUUUGGACCUACGUGAAUUUUGUACUUGAAGUGGUCUGCCCGCAGUCCAGCAGGGACCUUGAACUGGACCUCAAUGGCUUCUGCCUGUCUUCAUUUUCCGUGAGCCUGGAAGAAAGCGACCAAGCUGCGUUCUGCCUGUGGAUGCUUGGUGCCAUUGCUGAGGCCAGCAAGGAUUCUCUCUGGAGCACCAAGGGAAAGAACAACUAUGCCACAGCGCAGAAAUUUGUGAUGGCCGUGACAGCUGAGCCGAAGGAGGCGCUGAUGCGAGUGGUCGUCCGUUCCUGCAUGAGCCUGCACAGGGUCUGGGAGCCAAGCAUCGAUCUUCUGCAGUCGCUCCUUGACUUCUUCCUCAAGAACUUGAAUGAAAAUUUUCUUACCGGUUCAAGUGGAGUCCAAGCAUUCCAAGUAAUCUGCCAAACAAGCCAGCAGAUGCACGUCCGUGCCAGGGCACUGGUUGACAUAAAUGACCUGGGAGCGAGGGGGGCAGAGAACAGCUAUGAGCUCUUCCUUAUGCUGCUAGCCCACAGUCUGCACAGGCAGUCCCCAGAGGGCGUCACCAGUGCUUGGAAGUCGCUGCGUGGACGUUGGCAACACGGCCAGAAGGAGGCGCUGAUGCGAGUGGUUGUCCGUUCCUGCAUGAGCCUGCACAGGGUCUGGGAGCCAAGCAUCGAUCUUCUCCAGUCGCUCCUUGACUUCUUCCUCAAGAACUUGAAUGAAAAUUUUCUUACCGGUUCAAGUGGAGUCCAAGCAUUCCAAGUAAUCUGCCAAACAAGCCAGCAGAUGCACGUCCGUGCCAGGGCACUGGUUGACAUAAAUGACCUGGGAGCGAGGGGGGCAGAGAACAGCUAUGAGCUCUUCCUUAUGCUGCUAGCCCACAGUCUGCACAGGCAGUCCCCAGAGGGCGUCACCAGUGCUUGGAAGUCACUGCGUGGACGCAUCUGCAGCCGGUUUCACGCCAAGCGAGUGGAGGAACUCACUGAGCUGGGCCUGCAGAACUGCUCGUUGCUGUUUCUGGUGCUUGCCCUUUCCAUCGACCUGGAGGAACCGGUGGAGCGGCUGCUGUCGGUGCUUGCGCUGGUGCCCGUUGACAGCCCGGUGGAGAAGCUGCGGGUGGCCCUGAGGAGCCUGUUCGCGGUGCUCCUCCUGCUGCAGGCAAGCUCAGCCGACCUGGCCAAGGUGGCAGCAGAGGACGGCCGGGUGGUUCUUCGAGCGCUGCGUAGUGGGAACGCCACCAUUCAGUCGUUGCGGUCCUUGCUGCUGCCUGUCUACACUGAUGGAAUCCGGGAGCUUAUGGAUGCCAGCUCGCAGCUAGACUGCUCAGAGCACGCACUGCUGGUGCCCGAGAUGGCCUUGCUGCUGGACCAAUGCUCUACUUCCCAGCAAGAGGACGUGCUGGGAACCAUCCAUGAGGUGGCAGAAAAGCUGAGGAUUGUCCACAAGCGGGUUCUUUCUCGGAACCUUGAUAGAACUGAUGGUGACAGAAAGCUGCUGGCACAGCACAAAGGCUUCAGCGAUGCCAUCUUCAAAAGUACGCUGCAGUUCCUGCACAAGGCACUGGCGCAGCCUGUCCAGGCUGCAUCACCGGCCACCUGUUUCACAGACCUGGCUGUGAACCUCACACUUCUGGCACUUGACCUGCCAUCGUCACAGGCAGUUCCAGUGAAGGCCAACUUUUCAAGCCUUUUUGAGCAUUUUGGCUAUUCACCUCACACGCAUCCCAGCGCAUCUGGCCGCUUCUUGUGCCUCGUGCUGGAAGACGGCCAGGCGUGCUCCGAGCUAGAAGCACGUGUCACAAACAGUGAUCCGAGACUUGUCCAGGCCUGGCUCCGUUGCUGCAUCGGGGUGAAGCCACCGAACUCGGAGAUGACUCGACUCUCGCGGAUUGUGCUAGGCCGCAAGGAGUUUGCCAACUACAACAGCUUGGUGGGCACCAUGGUACCUUCUGACGAGGUGACGGCGCAUGACGACCUUGUUGUCUACUUCCUGGACUGCCUGGCGCAGUACGCCGACAUCGUCUCUGCGAUGGACGGCAUCUCGUCACUGUCCCAGCUGAGGCAGAGUGUUGCCUGCUACCUCAGAGACUUUGUUGCUGUGGCAACGGCUCAGCUGCGGAACAGCGCUGCAGCCGCGGCAACACGUGACAGCCUAGGCAAUGUCUACCACCUUUGUGGCCAGCUGUUUCGGUUGUGCGCUGGCCUCAUCUAUACCAGGGGCAUGGCAGACUGUGUGCUUCCGAGGCUGCUGGACUCUUUGAUCCUGCCUGGUGCAUUAUAUGCUGGGAAGCUCAUCCCCCAGGCACAGCUCGCUGCUAUCAAGCAGCACCUGCCGCUGUUCAUCUGUGGACUCUUGUCACUCAACCCGCAGACAGAUGCCUACAUUGAGAGGAAGUUGAAGGACAUCGUAGUCCACUACCUGCCACUUUUCCCAACGCAAACACAAAGCUCCAUUCACCACACUGGAGAGCAUCCACUUCUGGCAACGCUAGAGAGCUGCGGAGGAGCGUGCCGUGCUGCUGCAGAGAGGAGGGCGGCAUACGUUGGCUUUCUACUGGACUUCAUUCAGAAGCACUUUGUGGCCAAGAAGAGUGUGUCAGGGACUCACCUCAAUCAGGCUCUUCGGUUCCUUCUAGAACUGCUAAAGCACCUUGCACCCUUGAAGAAAGAUUGCAGAAGCGUCCUGCAGUCAGGAUUGCCCAACCUGCUGAAGAGCCUCGGCAUGCUGAGUGGCGAUGCCAGAACAAACCGAGAACUGAUGUCUCAAGUUAUGCGUGCUGUGACGAUGUUUUCUUCGGCAAUGGCUGUCCCAAGGUGAAGCAGCGGGUGGACUCUGCAAAAGGAGUUAGGCGGCCUCAUGCAUGAGGGUGGUUGCGGACUGUCUGAUUGCAGCUGCUGUGUCGACAGUCAUCUCAUCUACCCACAAGAGGCGUUUUGCUUCCGAGAACUUCAUUUCAAUUAUUGCUUCAACUGUCACCUUGCAUUCCUUUGAUGUUAUUACUGUGGUACUAAGUAUGAUCUUCUUGAAUGCUCCGAGUGUUGGUACCUGAAGAACUAUGUGAUAUGAUGUAAAAAGUGUGCUGUACAGAUUUUAGCUGGUUGCUGUGUAUGUACGUGCAUUCAAUGGUACAUGGUGUCAAGUUUGUAAAUGUGCUUAAGUAAACCUUUACUCAGACUUUGACCUUUCUUGCAAGGUUGUGUCAAACUUACUCUGUCACCAUACUUUCAGAUAUGAGACCAUUCUGCUGAAUUAGUUUGGUCUGCCUAUCUUACUUCUGCAACAAAUUCCACUCAUAACUGACCUGGCUAUAAUCGACUAUCGGCUACUGCAGACAAAAUUUCGGACAGAUUUUGCCUGAUCAGGGAAGCACAACCUACGGCCCGCAGACUGCAUGCGGCCCAUGAGCGGAUCUUUAGUAGCUCGCGGCCAAUCUAAGAUCUUAAUGGUCUGCUGGUAGCAGGCACUCAGCACAGAGCCAUGUGCUUAGAGUAACAACAAUAAGCACUAAAGAUGCGGUAGUGUGGCACCUUUCUCUGGGAACAAAUAAGGCGCACUACCACUGCACAUAUUAUUGGCUCAGUGUCCAUAUAAAUAGAUAGAUAGAGA